AUGUCGGAUGGUGAAACAGAUCCUCCUCAACCUCAAGGCCUCGAAGCUAAACUCGCCCAAUUAACUGACUUGGUCCUGCAGCUUGCCGCUUCCCAAUCUUCACCGACGGUCCAAUCCGCCUCCCGGUUCUCUUUUGAUGCUUUCUCCACAACAUCUCAAGAACAGAUAGAGGAUUACUUCGACAGUGAAGCCAUCACCUUCCGGAAGAUUCAUCAGCACGCUGAUGAGUCUAUAUCAGAUUUUGUGUCUCGCCUCAAGACCGGUGCGCGAUAUUGUGAGUUUGGCGACUUCCUAGAUUACUCGCUUAGUAUACAGUUCAUCCACGGCCUGUUUAGCGAUGACAUCCGCGAUGAAAUUGUAACGAAGCAACCUGCCAACUUCGAUGCUGCUGUCGCUGUGGCGACUAACCUCGAAUCUUCCUUUCAAGCCUCUGCCAUCCUCAAGCCCACUUCUGCCCAACACUCAACCACUAUCAGCAAGUUUUCACAUGAAACUAGACCCAAACUCAAGAAAAACUCAGGAAACUAUCGGAGCCGCAGUCAUCCUCACAGUAAGAACUCACACCGCAGCCCUUCUCACAGUAAGAAUUCUCAUCGCAAUCCUUCUCACAGUAAGAACACAAACUCUUGUUUAUCUUGUGGAGGUUCUCAUAACCGCAGUACAUGUAAAUUUAAUAAUGCUGUCUGUAAUUACUGUAAAAUCCGAGGUCACAUUGUCAAUGCAUGUAAGAAGAAAAAGUACUCUAAUGGUAAAGAAGCUCAUGAUAAUACCAGAAACAAUUCCGAUAAUUCUAAAGUUCAUAAUUUUCGUCCCGAUUCUGAUACUUAUUAUCUGCAACAUCAAUUUAAAUCGAUCUCUGGCGGCAGUCCACCAAUUUUGCUCGAUGUCCUCAUCAAUGGUAAAUCACUCCGUAUGGAGCUCGACACAGGUGGUCCCUGUAGCCUUAUCAGUCAUAGCACGCUCCAAAAAUUAUUUCCUCGUGCCAGAAUGACUAAAAUUAAUGAAAGUUUCACCUCUUACACUCAAACUAAGUUCAACUGUAUAGGUUACAUUUGGGCUAAAGUGACUUUCAGGAAUCGUACUGAGUACCUCAAAUUAUUCAUCACUGAUAUCCCUGGCGAUAACAUUUUUGGUCGUCAAUGGAUUAAACCUUUUGCAGAUCUCCUCUCUCUUCAUGAACUCCUCCACAAUCAAACUGAUAUUAACAAUGUAUGUGCACACAAUUCUCUAAAUAAAAUGGACUCUAUUAACCUUAACAAGUUUCUCGACAAACACAAAGAUAUUUUUGGGGAUAAAGCAGGUACCCUCACUGGACCUCCUCUUGAUUUUCACUUCAAGCCAGGUGCAAAACCUAAAUUCUGUAGAGCUCGACCGCUUCCCUAUUCCAUGCUAGAUCAGUACGCUGCCCAAAUUGAUGAAAAAAUCAAAUCAGGAUUCUAUAAAAUGGUUGAUCAUUCUGAGUGGGCUAGUCCCACACAUGUUGUUGUCAAAAACAACAAGCUGAGAAUUACGGGCGAUUAUAAAACCACUCUCAAUCCUAACCUAAUAAUUGACGACUAUCCUAUUCCCAGGCCGGAGGAACUCUUUGCAAAAAUUCGUGGCUGUAAAUACUUUUGCAAGCUGGAUGUUAAGGACGCAUUCAUGCAUCUUCGGUGCUCUCAGGCUGCAUGCGAAGCGAUGACUUUGAACACUCCAACGCAUGGGUUAAUCCAGCCUACAAGAGCGCAGUACGGUGUCUCUAAUAUCCCUGCUGCCUGGCAACGUCGUCUGGAGCAAAUUUUAAAAGGUAUCAAAGGAGCCGUCAAUUUUUUUGAUGAUAUAUUAGUAUUUGGUUCCUCAAUUGAAGAAAUCUUUGCAAUUCUUGACAAACUUUUUCAGAAGCUGAGAGAGGCGGGUAUUAUACUCUCUCGCGAAAAAUGUCAAUUCUUCCUCACAUUUAUUGAAUUUCUUGGUCACAUGUUGGAUGGAGAAGGAAUUCAUAAGCUAGAUAAACAUGUUCAAGCUAUAGUUCAAGCAAAGAAACCUGAGUCUGCUGAAGAACUUCGAACAUUUUUAGGCAAGGUUACGUACUAUCAUUCUUUUAUUGAUAACCUCUCGACACGCACUUAUCCUCUAAGGCAAAUGCUUCAAACCUCUCAUUUUGAAUGGACCAAAGCUGGUUUGGCUGCCUAUGAAGAUCUCAAAAGUGAGCUCAUUUCUGACAAGGUAUUAACACCUUAUGAUCCCAGUUUACCGAUAACGCUUGCAGUUGAUGCAAGUCUAGUGGGACUCGGUGCUGUGUUGUCACACAUCAUGCCAAAUGGCACUGAAAGGCCAAUUGCCUAUGCAAGCAAAAGUCUUAGUGAAACGCAACAACGUUAUGUUCAGCUUGAUAGAGAAGCCUUAGCUAUCGUCUGGGGUAUCAAACGUUUUUUUCAGUAUAUUUAUGGUCGUUUGUUCACCCUUAUCACAGAUAAUGAACCAUUAUCACACAUCUUUGCUCCUGAUUCAUUAUUGCCAAAAUUUACUUUGUCUCGAUGCUCAAAUUAUGCCAGUUAUCUCACUAACUUUACUUAUAAUGUCAAAUUUAGACCCUCAAAACAGAAUGCCAACGCUGAUUACCUCUCUAGAAGUGUCAAUGGUAACUAUGAUCCUACUGAUGAUCUUCCAGACCACUUCCACUCUUUUGUAUCGGCGCAAAUUGAUCAAUUGCCCCUCAGCUCAGAAGCUAUCGCUUUGGAAACUCAACAAGACCCAGAGUUGUCUACACUCUUCCAAGCUCUUGAACAAGGUAAAGACCUCAAAACUUUUGGGUUCAAAGGGAAUCAGCUGGAAUACUCUAUUGUUCAAGGAUGCUUAAUGCUCGGACAUAGGGUCGUCAUCCCUCAAAAAUUUCGUCAGAAAUUAUUGGAUGAACUGCAUCUCGCCCACUUGGGAAUCACCAAAAUGAAAGGCAUUGCUCGCUCCAUCAUCUACUGGCCUAACAUCGACAAAGACAUCGAAAAAUUUGGAAUUCCAGACAUACUUGUAACGGAUAAUGGUCCUCAAUUCACUUCUGCUGAGUUCCGAUCCUUCCUCACCGAUCAAGGGGUUAGAUUCCACAGAAGAAUCGCUCCGUACCACCCAAGUACAAACGGACAAGCAGAACGAUAUGUGCAAUCAGUGAAACAAGCUCUCAGAGCUAUGAAUGCUACUCCAAAGACACUUCGGCUCUGCUUAAACAAAUUUUUAAUGCACUAUCAUCGUGCUCCUCAUCAAACCACUAAAGUUCCUCCAUCAUCUCUUUUCUUAAACAGAAUCAUAAGAACAAAACUUGACAUCAUCUCACCACUCUCUGAAUCUCACUUAAGUCCUACAGAGGAAAAUCUCGAAGAAUGCUCCUCCUCAAUAGACCUCAAGAAUUCGUCUGUUUCCAGUCAAGCCUCUCCAAAAGGUUCUCUUCGUUCUUUCCAAGCUGGAGAUACGGUUCUUUUUCGAACAUAUAAUUCAAAAAUCAAGUGGUUAAAGGGUACAAUCGCAGUUAAACUAGGUAAACUUCAUUAUUAUGUUGAUCAUCAAGGCACUCAACAUAAACGUCACAUCGACCAACUUCUACCUUUUCACUCCAACUCUACCUCCUCAGUACAACCUCGUCGAAUAAGAUUUCUUGAUGAAAUUCAAGUUGUAACACAAGAAUCUCCUACCAAACAGCGUUCAAACUUCAGUGGUAGCUCUCCUCGCAAACAGCCUCCUCUACAAAUCAUCCGAACUCCAGUACCAACAAAACAAUCUUCUCUACCAACAAACUCACAAACGUCUCAGAACUCUUCUCAACAACAAGGCACUCAAGCAUGUAAGUCCUCACAAUCUCAACAUACUCCAGAAUCUCAAACAAGCCGAAGCUCUCCGCAAGUUCAAAGUCAACCAAGUAAUGAUCGGUCUCCGCCCAAGCAACAAUCUCCAAUCUCUCUACAACAAUCUAACAAAGCUCUAGUCACUCCAACCAGUCAAGCAAGACCUCUUAAUGUCAAAUCUCCCGAAACAUUUUUUACUCCAGAUGAGACAGCAGUUGUUAUUACUUUAGAUGAAUCACCGCCCAAAAGUACAAAUCGUACCCCACUAUCUAGUGUAUCUCGACCCCCCUCAGUAGGUAGAGGGAGGGCAAUAAUUAGGAAAUCUAUCAGACCUUCCAAACCUCCAGAUCGGUAUACUCCUCCUUAA